GCCUCGUCGUGUUAGUACACAUUUUCCCUUGUACUAUAGUUUUCAACCCUGCUAUUUACCAUAUCCGUGGAGGCUUUCCCCAAUAGCACAGCCAAGCCGUUACUUUAAAAACACCCUACUAUUCUCAUACCCAUAUCCAUUUUUCUCCGCACGCCAUCCCGGACGCCCCGCUCCGACUCCGCAGCCGUCCCGAGCGAUGGGCUCAUCAUCCCUCUCCGCGGCCACGCCCGCCGCUCCGUUCGACGUAAAGAAGAUCGCCGUCAUCGGCGCCGGGCCCAGCGGCUUAGCGGCUGCGAAAUAUCUACUCGCGCAAGAGGGCGCGUUCCCGCGCAUCGACGUCUUCGAGCAGCAGGCUGAGGUAGGCGGCGUGUGGAAUUAUAGCCCCGUGCCGCGGCCCGCUGAGGCGCUGCCUGUGCCGCAGACCGAUGCGCAUCCUAGGAGGCCGGAUCCGCCGGUUUAUGUCCCCCAGGGAAAGGAGAGGGUGCCGCUGUUUCCGUCUCCGAUGUACGAUGACUUGCACACGAAUAUCCCGCACACCCUGAUGAAGUACUCGGACUUGGCGUUUCCCGAGGGCUGCGACAUCUUUCCGACUAGGGGGGAUGUACAGGCGUACUUGGUUGAGUACGCGAAGGACGUGCGGCAUUUGAUUAAGUUCUCUACGCAGGUCACUAAUGUUUCGCUACGGAGUGUCGAGGGCCAGCCGAGGGAGCGGGAGCAGUGGGAUGUGAGGACUACGGAUUUACUUACCGGGGAAGAAACCACGGAGACGUACGAUGCGGUGGUCGUGGCGUCGGGGCACUACUCGACACCGUAUAUCCCGGACUCUGUCGAGGGUAUUGCUGCUUUCCACGCCGAGCACCCGGGGGUUAUAUCGCACUCGAAGCUAUACCGCAACGCGGAGCCGUUCCGCGGGAAGAAAGUCGUUGUCGUGGGAACCGGCGCCUCGGGGCUGGACAUCGCGGCGCAAAUCCAGCGCGUGUGCAAGACGCCCUUAAUCCUCUCGGCGCAGACGGCUGCGCCCCCCGAGACUCUCGAACAUAUUGGAAACCCCGUGCAGGUCGGGCAGAUCAAGAGAUUUUUGAUCGAGGAGAGGGGUGUUGAGUUCUUCCCCCUUGACGGGGAUGAGGACGAUAGCGCUGAAAAGAAGAACAAAGAGACGGGAGAAACAAGAAUCGAAACAGAUAUCGACGCCAUACUCUUCUGCACGGGAUACCUCUACACCUUCCCCUUCCUCCCCAACAUCCCCCUCGUCACCAACGGCCGCCAAGUCCACGGCCUCGCCAAACACUUCCUACACAUCACGCACCCGACCCUCGCCUUCCCCGGGCUCCCCAUAAAAGUAAUCCCCUUCCCGCUCACCGAGUCCCAAGGCGCCGUCCUAGCACGUCUAUGGUCGAACACGCUGCCCCUCCCCCCCGUCUCCGUCCUCGAGCAAUGGGCGCGCGAAGACGGCGAGGGGACCAGCGAGGGGAAGUACCACGUCUUCCCCAAGGGCGGGGACGGGCGGUACAUUAACGAGUUGCACGAAUGGUUGGAGAAAGAAAGUUCGGAUUUGGGGAAGAAGAAAAAGGGGAAGGAGCCGCCGCAUUGGGACGCCGAGAUGCUCUGGCAAAGAGGCAUUUACGCCGAGGCGAAGAUGCGGUUCGAGAAGAUGGGGAAGAAGGCCAAGACAUUGGAGGAGCUAGGAUUUCGGUAUGUGCCUGAGGAGGUAGAGGUGAAGAAGGCGGAGGAUGUGGAGGGGAAGGAUCCUCAUUUGGAUGUUGCUGGGUAAUCGUAUGCAUAUAUCGUUCUUCGGCUAGCAAGCUUUGAGAUGGCUAGAUGAUAUAGACCAUAGUUAAGAGAAGGAGUAUCACGGGGCUAUAUACCAAUAUAGAUACCUAAUUAAACUAGAUGGAUAUAAAAUCUACGCUCAAAGAAACGUUAUAUACAGGGUAUACGAUAAUGUACAGU